GUCGCGCGUCAUGCUUACCGUCUCUCUCGUCUUCUCUCUAUCGACGACGGUUAUUGAGCGUUUCUGCUGUUCUUCGCAACUCUAAUGUUACGCUGGAUCCUAUGACGGGCGAGCUCACGUCCCUCCCCGACAUUGAGCCUGCUCGAUUAAAGUUUAUCAAGAACACGGAACCGCGCCCGCCGCCGCCUUCUUCCAGUCUCGUUUUCGGCCAAAUCUUCACGGAUCAUAUGCUCACCAUCCCAUGGUCCGCAAAUAGUGGUUGGGAUGCACCUAAGAUACAGCCGUACUCGUCUUUACAGCUAGAUCCGAGUUGCACUGUAUUUCACUAUGCACAAACAUUAUUCGAAGGGAUGAAAGCAUAUCGGGACGAGAAUGGCAAAGUCACGCUCUUCCGACCAGACAUGAAUAUGAAGCGUAUGAAUACUAGUGCUAAACGUAUAGCGUUACCAACUUUCAAUGGCGAUGCACUGCUCGAACUCAUCAAGGAGCUUAUUCGCGCCGACAAGCACUGGAUCCCACGUGAACCGGGAUACAGUCUAUACGUCCGACCCACACUCAUUGGAACACAGAAAGCCAUCGGCGUCGGCCCACCAAACGAAGCACUUCUCUUCGUAAUCUGCAGCCCCGUAGGUCCAUACUACCCACAGGGAUUCAAACCUAUCGCCUUGUACGGAACGACAGAGUACAUUCGUGCCGCUCCCGGUGGUACCGGAGGUUAUAAACUCGGAGCGAACUAUGCACCGGGUGUCGUACCCCAGAAAGAGGCGGCCCAUAAGGGAUACGCACAGAAUUUGUGGCUUCAUGGGCCGGAGCAUUACUUGACGGAGGUUGGGACAAUGAACAUGUUUGUGGUCUUCAAGAAAGAUGAUGGAGCCCUUGAACUCGUCACCCCACCACUAGACGGGAUGAUCCUCCCAGGCGUAACACGCGACUCCGUACUCACCCUCGCCCGAGACCACGUCUCAGGAAAGACCAAACUCUCCGGUCUCCCCUCCAACCUCAUCGUCAACGAACGCUCAGUCACAAUGGGCGAAGUCAAAGCAGCCUCGCAGAAGGGCCAACUCGUCGAGCUCUUCGGCGCUGGUACGGCUGCUAUCAUCUCCACUGUAGAUAGAAUUGGAUAUUUAGGAGAGGAUGUUAACAUCCCUACUGGACCCGAUGGCAUGGGUCCUGUUUCUCGCGUUAUUUGGAAGGAACUUGUUGGAAGACAGCUUGGAACUAUCCCGAGUGAUUGGAGUGUUGUGGUAUCGGAAUCUUAGGAUGGAUUUUACUGACGUUCUUGAUUACUUCUUACCGUAGAUGCGUUGCUGAC